CCUUGCUUUCACUGUAACCGGGACCAGAGUAGAGUCGUUAAAGUGCAUGCCGGACUGACCUCAUGAUGGAGGCGGACAGUUGUUUGUCUUUCUCUUCGCAGCCAAACCGGACAACACUGAAUAACUCCCCCGGUUUGGAUCAGAAUAGUUCUGGAGGUUCGUUCCUUCCCUGCGAUGAACUACAGAAAAGUACACAUCUUCCUCUCGCUCACCGUCUGAGUCUCCGGGAUCAGGGUGACUUCUACAGCUCAAGCUCCAUGGGACGGUUUAACGACGGCGUGCCCGCGGACUUUACGCACGGGGCAGCCUCCACGAAUCCUCGCGCCUUGCCCAACAAACACAGCAAAUACAUGGAAAAUAUUAAUCAGGACCAAAAGGUUUUAUCAGUAAGCGGGAAGGGCUCGUUUUAUGAAAAUUACUCGGAGGCCAGAGAGAAGGYGGGUCCCAAGCCCAUGGGCUAUCCCGUGAUUGGCUCAGACUGCUGCAUCAAGCUGAAGGAGCCAACCAACGGUCUCCAACCAGGGGACUCCAUAGCAGACUCAAUCGACUUAUCGGGCAAGAACAAGAAACGUCGUAACCGCACCACCUUCAGUACCUUCCAGUUGGAGGAGCUGGAAAAGGUGUUUCAGAAGACUCACUACCCUGACGUUUACGCCCGGGAACAGCUGGCCCUCAGGACCGAACUCACAGAGGCCCGUGUACAGGUAUGGUUCCAGAACCGCCGGGCCAAAUGGAGGAAGAGGGAACGUUACGGGAAGAUCCAGGAGGUGCGAAACCACUUUGCUGCUACGUAUGAUAUCUCUACGUACCAGAUGCAGAGCAACCUGUGGCCAGGUGCAGGAGGGGGCGGGGGGUCCGGCGGGGGCUGUGUCCUGGGCCCUGACACCAUGUCUUCUUCCUGUAUGAGCCCUUACCCCCAUCCCCACAGCAACCUCCCCUCUGUGGGCUUCAUGGGCAUGCCCCCGUCCUCCAUCGCACCCGCCACCACCCUCACCAUCAUCCCCAACACCAACCCUGCAUCAACAGGCCAUCUACUCCCUCCCACAGCUCUGCACCUGGCGGCCUCGGGGGCCACUCCUUUGAGCGGGCGCCCCGAGAACAGGUAUAAGUCAUCGCAGGCUUGUUGCGCCCUUGCGAUGAAGGCUAGGACCCCCUGGGAGCUUUCUAUCCAGGCCUACAUGGACCACCACAGUGUCGGGUUCAGAUCCCUACUAUGUAACUGA